AUGGUCAAUUCUGACGAUGACUACGUGCAAGACAUAUCAGAUGAAGAGGUGGAAGCCCACCAAGUCACACGAGGCGCUGGCGAAGGUUCUACGGCAAGAGGGACCGGCAGGAAGGGAGGCGGCUGGGAGGUCACAAGAACAUGGGAAAACGUAGUUGAGGGUGCUGAUGGAACGAUUAAUUCCACCGUCGAAGGUCUACUUGAAGCAGAUAAGCGGAAGAGACUUCUCAAAGAUACAACGCCGCUGCAAAGAGGCAUAAUUCGACAUCUUUUGAUUGUCUUAGACCUCUCAGAUGCGAUGGCAGAGAAGGACCUACGUCCGACGCGGUACCUGUUGACCCUUCGCUAUGUGCAAGAGUUCAUCAAUGAGUACUUUGAGCAAAAUCCUAUCUCGCAACUUGGGAUCAUCGGCAUGCGAGACGGUCUAGCUUUGCGCGUCUCCGACAUCUCGGGCAAUCCAAGUGAUCACGUUUCCAAGCUCCAGGAACUACGUAAAGAUGAGCCGAAGGGUCAGCCAAGUCUGCAGAAUGCACUAGAGAUGGCGCGAGCAGCGCUCUUUCAUGCACCCACUCACACCACCCGAGAGGUCCUAGUGAUCUUUGGCUCCUUGCUCUCCUCUGAUCCUGGAGAUAUACAUACAACAAUAUCCGCUUUGGUGAACGCAAAGAUCACGGUGAGUGUUGUUGGGUUGGCAGCUCAAGUCGCUAUUUGCAAUACUCUAGUGACGCGGACUAACCCCUCGAUCUCUUCCACCGAAACCUAUAGCGUCGCACUCAAUGAACAGCACUUCCGAGAUCUUCUCAUGCGUGCUACCGUUCCCCCAACGACUACACAGGCCAAGGACGCGGAAGAAGAAGCUAGCAAAUCCAGUCUGCUUAUGAUGGGGUUUCCGUCCCGUAUUGUAGAUCAGGCUCCAACUCUGAGAGAGGUCGGGAGCGGUGGGCCCGCACAAUGGGAUGACUCUGUCGACGAGCCGAGGGAAGGCCAAGAAACCGCAUGA